UAAUGAAUACUUUUGUGUGUUGGUGGCAAACUUGGUGCAAAAUCAUAGAUAAAUGAUAAAUAGGUAGUUCCACAAAAACACAAUUGAAUGCAAUCAAUUAGCAUUCAUGUAUUUGAUAGUGAGUAGCAACACUAGCAAUAUCAAUGUGUUACUGCCUAUGCGAAUUGAGAGAUAGUGCAGGGAUAGUAUGAAUUGAAUGUUGGCUUUUAGUCUAUAUUUCUACAACAUUUCUCCUUCUGUGAAAUAGACCAGAUUGUUAUUUGUGCUUAAUAAAUAUAAUUUUCAAAAUGUACGCAAAUUUAUGUGUUCGCUAAAAGCAGAGUGUCAGUAAGUAGUAGUGGCUAUAUUGGCAACUGUAGGUAGGACUGAAUCUUAUAAUUUUUUUUUGUUUUCAAUUUUUAUACAAUCAUUUGAAAACCCAUCACAGAUAGGGGGGAGAGAUAUUUUCUUGUGAAACAAUGGCAGUCUCUGGCUUGUGCUUUGCAUAAUACUAUUUUUCGAUUGAAAGCAUGUAUAUAUCACUACAGAUGUUAUUUGGUAUGCAAGCACCUAAUAAUGACUGUAAUUUGCGAUUAGUUUCAUCUUACAUGUUACAAUAAGCGAGUACUUUGAAUGCAAGUUCUAUAUCUGAUAUUGUCGGCAGAGUUCCAACAUGAAAACAUAUUAGGACUAAUGGCAUAUUUUUCAUAUGUACAAUGCAUACGUUUAUGCAAUGGAUUAGGUAGUAUGCUAGUUUUGGUUAUCUUUUGCAUCACAAAUAUCAUAUCAUAUGUUUUAUAGGUUAAUUUGAUUUAAAAUCAAAAUGUUGAAUCUAUAUAAAUACAUACCAAUCCUAGUAUUUUCUCGCGCGUUUUGUUUCCACUCAGUCUCGUGCCAACCUUCACUUCCUCACAUUUUUAACAUCACUGUCGAUGCAUCGAAUUUGAUCAAUGUAUUUGAUCACUUUUGGGAAAGUACGGGAAUGUGUCCUCCACUUCCACAUCAAAAUGCAUCAGAUUAUUAUCUGAGCCAAGAUAUGUUACAAAAUCUCAUACAUAUUGGUUCUGUGCCUCAUUCAGGCAUAAAACAAGUACGCAUGCACUGGUUACUCGACAUGGUAACUUAUGAUAAAGAAAAACAUACUUACAACUUCACUAAUUUGGAUACGCUAUUCAAAUUUAUGAGAAAAUACAACUUGAACCCUGGUUUCGAACUAAUGGGGAGUCCUUCGAAUAAAUUCACAAAUUUUGAUGACCAUGAUCAAAUCAUAGAUUGGAUGAAUCUUGUCACACAAUUAGGAAAAAGAUACAUACAGAUGUUUGGAUUAGAUGUUGUAUCAAAAUGGAACUUUGAGACCUGGAACGAACCUGAUCACGAAGAUUUUGACAAUGUUAUUAUGUCAGUAGAAGGAUUUCUCAAAUAUUAUGAUGCUUGCUCAGAAGGUCUUAAUGCGGCAGAUAGUUUGUUAAGAUUCGGGGGUCCUGGUGGGUCUUGCAGAAAAGAAUCAUUUUCAAAACGAUGUUGGGCAUUGUUGGAGCACUGCACAGAGGGUACAAAUUAUAUAACUGGAAGUAAAGGUAGUAGACUUGACUAUAUAUCAAUGCACAAAAAAGGUGGCGGAAGCUCUUCCUAUAUAAUUGAAUCAGAACUUGAAACAAUCUCUAAGAUUCACAGCCUGUAUCCAUCGCUCAUUUCAACUCAAAUCUACAAUGAUGAAGCCGAUCCCAUGGUUGGUUGGAGCAGGCCAUACUCAUGGAGAGCUGAUGCCACUUAUGCUGCAAUUGUUGCAAAAAUUAUUGCCCAGCACCAGUAUAGAAUUAUCACUAAUGAAAGUUCCCAUAUUAUUUACUCCCUCCUUAGCAAUGACAAUGGAUUUUUAAAUUAUUCACCUUAUUAUUUUACUCAGCGAACAUUGACUGCUAGGUUCCAGAUGAACAACACUUCACCACCACACGUUCAUUUUGUGAAAAAGCCAAUUUAUGCUUCAAUGAUGCUUUUGUCAAAAUUAGGACAUAUGCUAUUGGGAUCUGAAAUUGUUCGACUAUACAAUAAUACUCCCGACGAUCGUAUCGGGGUUAUUGCUACUGUAUGUCAAGCUGGAACAUUUGGAUGCUCAAAUCAGGAAAUCACUUUGCUGACAUACUGUAGCGAUGAUACAAACCCAAGCAAAGACACAGUUGAUGUUUUUAUUAAUUUCGUAAAUCUUACUCCUAUUGAAGCAAAUACAUACAUAAUGACUUGCCGUGUAGAUGAAAGUACAAAUCCUUGGCAAGUAUGGAAAAAUGCAGGUAGCCCAGAUUUUCCUAGCCGAAAAGUUUUUGCAAAUAUGCACCUUGCAUCUGAGCCUAAUUGUGAUGGAGCAUAUCAAGUACCGAUAACCCCUGACCCCCGCAAAAUAGGUGUAGAAAUGCAGUUGAUGCUGCCAGGUGUUUAUCUUCAUCAAAUAUGCAGGAUGCCCCCAGACGAACCUAAAGCUCCAAUACUUCUUUCUGUUACUAAUGUGACGUCAGCUCAAGUACUCAUUGCUUGGAAUGAUAGUCCGCUAACUACUAAAUGUAUCAAAACAUACUUUAUAGUUCUAUGUGCUGAUGCCUCUUGCAAAUCACUCCAAGAAGUCAAUCCCAAUAGAGUGUUGUCAAAUUCUUUUGUGUACAUGUCUCCGACUGAAAAAGAAAAAGAUGUUUAUGGAUAUUAUAAAGUAGCAGUUGUCGACUUCUGGAGCAGAUAUAGCACAUUCUCAAACACAAUUGCUUACCCAUAAAUUGGGUGCUUAAUUCGAAAGUUAUUUCAAAGCAAGAGCGUCGCCAAGAAAUUUUUCAACGGGGGUUGGGGGGGUUCUGAGAUUUCAAAUUGCCAAGUUAGACCGUAUAAGAAAAAUGCUUUUUUCACAUUUCAAAUGGGUGGAUUCCUACUUUCACACCCUCUCGCCUGGCUAUGCCCCUGUUCCAAACUGUGAAAAUCAUUAAUAAUUUCAUUGAGAAUUGAACCAAUUAAUGGGGUUUAAACCAAAAAUAUUGAAAAAAGUUACUGAUAUUUUGCAGUCGUCACAGUUUUUGCCAAAGGCUUGUCUUCUGUAAUGAUUGCUUGUUUGUCGCUUCAAAUUAUAAAUUAAAAAUAUUGUUCAUCAGGGUUUUAUGAUACUUUUCAAUACAUGUAUGAAUAUUUUGUAGAUAUCACCAUAUAUCUUACAUGGGCAAACUAUGGCCCACAGGCCAAAUCCGGCCGGUCUCAUGCUGCCGCAAUUAAACUAAAAUCGAUUUUUGAUGUUUUAGCGAAAAAAUAGCUCAAGGAAUUUGUUGAGAUUGCGAUUAAGUUACCUAAGUUUUGACAUGAGGCUUUUUGUUUUCAACUUUUGCUUUUGUAACACUGUAAAUAUUGUUCAUAAAAUGUAACCUUUUACGUCACACUUAAUAUGGGCCGCCAGACUAUGUGGGUGAAAUUAUUGGCCCCUGGUCCAGAAACCUUGCCCACCCCUGCCAUAUAUUCUUGUUUAUUUUUACACCAUAAAGUAUGGAAACUCAAAUCUUAUUUUUCAUCACUCCCUCUCUUAUAUCACUGAAUUUUGUGAAGCAUCUAAAUAUGUUGAAAAAAUAUUUGAUUAAUUUUCCUGCUUCGAAUAUGUUUCUACUAAACCAUAAUGAUGCAUUAUGAAAUGUAUGAUUUCUUCUAUCUAAAAAUUUAUUCAUAUACUUGUGCAAUUUCUCUCUUCCCUUUUUUGUUUUGAUCAGUAAGUUAGUUGUACUA